AUGGCUCCAAAACUAAUACAAAGUACUAAUGAAUUCCAAAUUGGCAUUUCUGAUGUCGUUAAUGCGGCCAAAAACUCGUCAUCAGUAGAUUUAGUCGCUCAAAAGGAGCGUUUCGAUGCUGUUUUUGAUGCCGGUUUAAGUGACUUCCAGAGGGAUUUCAUAAAUAAUUCUAGCGCAGCAGCAGCAGUACGCGCAAAGGAAGCUCUUCAGCAAGUCGUCUACAAAUUUUCUGCCGGUUCUGCGGAUUCGACUGCCAUGAAGGACUUUUUAGAAACCCUUGAGAAAACCUCAGUGGAGCUACCUUUUAUUCGGUCGACGAUUUCCGAUGUUCUCAAUUCUGAAUGCACGGUGGAUCAACUGAGCACCUGUCGGGGGCUUCUUUUCACUACUGACAACGAUCUUAAGCUCACCUACACACUCGAACAGUUCCAAUCAAGUCAGGUGGCUAACCUUCUAACCACCUUAGAAUCGAAUCAGCAAAAUGUUAAGAACCUGGAUAAUUUCACUGAAACUUUGCUACGAAUGAAAGAGGAUGUUAAGAAGACGAUUCAGCCUAUCCUUGAUGAGAUCGUAAAAGUGAUUACGAACUCUGCUUCAUCUAACCUAGCCAUCAUUAUUGGCUGGCUCACACUAACCAAUAGUUUCAUUGAGGUCAUUUACACUCAAUGUCCUUCAGAUGCCUGGAAUGAUCUAUCCAACUCUCCAAAGACCAGGGAGAAUCUCGUUAAAAGUUUGGAGCUUGUUGCGGAGACAGCUAGGUCCUUCCUGGCCAAGUUUAAUGAUAUUAUUGCUAACUACAUCUCCUCCGAUUCCUCAUACGUCGCGUAA